CUCUGUAAGCCCCUCCUCUCCCGCUGCUAAACAAAUCCGUCUUGGCACCUCGCAAGCACACGCGCGCGUCUCGUCUUGGUCAUUCCCGUCUUAUACACAGGAGAUUCUCAGCGUGCACUGAUUAGCACAUCCCGAGAAUGUCGACGUCGACGACUCCAAGCCCUCCAACGGGCCCCGCGACCCAGAGCCCCGGCUUCUCCUCCAUCUUCCAGUCCCCCGGCGGCCCCCCGCUCAUCCUCGUGUGCAUCGCCGCGGGCCUCCUCCUCGGCGCCUUCAUCGGCGUGCUCCUCAUGCGCCGCAUGCGGCCUCGCGUCGUCGUGCAGCGCAUGAACGGCGCGGACUUCCUCCGAGGACUCAACCCGAACUUCGGCGAGAAACCCACACUGCUGGACAUCCACCUAUUGCCUGCGAGCGAGGAGGGCACAUCGUAUGGGGACGGGAAGGGUAAAGUCGGAGGCGAGCGAGGAGCGUGGGGGCAUGUGUCGCCAUUCGCCGCACGCUACCUCUCCUCCUCCGAUGGCCAGCCGAAGUCGUCCACAGCACCCCCGUCCUCGCCUCCAUCCUUUACCCGCGGGGAAGGAGUUCUGUCCCGCAUCAUCACCCAGUUCUACUGGGCAAACCCGCGCUGGCGUCCCCGCCCACACGAGCACAGUCCCACGUCCCCAAAUCCACACCCCGACGCGCGCCGCGUGCAGCUCGCGGUGACGAUCUCGAUGCCGUCGCCCCAGCGGCCUGCGUGCCACCCCCGCCGCCCCUCGCCUUCGGGGACGCCGCGGCCGUCGACGUCGAGCGACCCGCUAAAGAACGGUUCCACCGCCUCCUCCGACGCUCACGCCCACGCUUCCGACGACGCGAACCCGGUGCCAGACUGCUGCAUCGGCACCGUCGUCGUCUCGUAUCGUCCCGACCCCAACGGCUCCCCGGCCGCCGCCCCUCCUGCCGCCUCUCCUGCCGCCGCCGCCGCGACCUGAGGCCUACUUCCGAGGACUCGUGCACUCGUAUCUGAUUUCUCACUUUCUUCUCCGCACAUCAUGAACGGACGCCACCCGUGGGAGUGCGACGCCUGCAUUCGUGCAUGGUGAGGCUCGCAGCCCGCCAGAACACAUAGCGAUCGUGCCGCGCGCAGCAGCUUCGACGGCUCUCAUGCGAUCCCGGCAGCAGUGCGUGUACAGCGCGUCCAGUCAGUAUCUCACGCGGAACAUGGCGCAGCUCUCCCAGGGCAGCCAGUGCCGCGGCGUUCCUGCGUCAUCAUCCAGGAUUAGGAGCAGGCACUGUGUGUGUAUGCCGAGACGUGGAUGGGACGGGAGCGAGAUAGACUGAUGGAUGGAUGGCGGAUGGAUGGAUAGGCACCACAGCGUGGGUGUUGGACAGCUUACUGUUGUACAAUAUACGUGUGCUGUGGCUGUCCCGCAGAGACUCUGCAUUACGACCCUGGAUCCUCCUGUACGUACUCACCGUGGAUUCAACGAAGACAGUGAAUGAACUACAUAUACGUGAUACUCGC